AUGGAAGGCAAUAUAAAUACUCAGUCUGAAGCUAUAAGUUCAACCUUAGACAUAUAUAUGGGUCUUGCAAAAAGCCAUUUGGGUAUUAUUUCUUUUCUGUUGAUCCUUACACGUUGCCAAAGUUGUCAGGAGCAUUUCAACAAACAUGUGGCGCUCUUCGUUUUCGGCGAUUCCCUUUUCGAUCCUGGAAACAACAACUACAUAAACACUACUACCGAGCUCCAAGCGAAUUUUUGGCCCUAUGGCGAAUCAUACUUCAAUCCUCCAACCGGAAGAUUCUCCGAUGGUCAUAUCAUCCCUGAUUUCAUCGCUCAUUUUGCUGGAUUGCCUCUCAUUCCUGCAUAUCUCGACCCCCAUAAUAAUGAAUUUCUGUAUGGAGCAAACUUUGCAUCAGCGGGAUCUGGUGUAUUAGAUGAAACUCAACCUACAAUUGCAGUUAAGCUCACGACACAGCUACAGUAUUUCACCGAUUUAGUGAAACAUUAUAGGAAGAACUUAGGUGAUGUGAAAGCCGAGCAGCUAUUGUCCGAUGCUGUCUUUUUGUUCAGUUGCGGAAGCAACGAUUAUCAAAUCCUCCUCGAAAACAACAAAAGUAGUCUUCUUUAUGACGAGUACGUGGAAAUGGUGAUCGGAAACUUGACUCAAGUGUUCAAGGUAAUCCAUGAAAAAGGAGGAAGGAAAAUUGGAAUCACUACGCUCACAUCAUUAGGCUGUUUGCUACCAGUUCGUGCAGAAAGGCCAGACAAUACAUGCGAUGAAGAACUUAACAUCAUAUCAACUCUACACGAUAAAUCACUUUCCAAGAAACUGCAAGAUCUGACGCAACAAUGGGAAGGAUUUAUGUAUUCAAAGUUCGAGCUCCAGACUGAGAUUACCAAACGGAUGAAAAACCCAUCAAAAUAUGGUUUAAAGGUAGGAAACAGUGCAUGUUGUGGUACUGGACCUUUUCGAGCGAUUAAUAGUUGUGGAGGGAAGAGAGAAACACGAGAGUUUGAAUUGUGUGAUAACCCUAACGAUUAUUUAUUGUUCGAUCCCUAUCAUCCUACUGAAGCAGCGAACCUGCAAUUGUCAGAGCUGUUUUGGGAGGGAGAUUCCAAAGUCGCAUCACCCUACAAUUUAAAAAGCUUGUUUCAAGGUAUGUUUGUUGAUAUCGUUCAACAUACAACCCAAUAGAUAAGUAAAUAUUUAUAGAGGACUAGUUGAGCCCAGGUUUAAAGAUAAGUUUAAUUUUGUGCUCUCGUGUUUCUUCUAGUCUUUAGGUACAAGUUUAGCUUUGCAUAUUUAACUUUUGUAUCUAAUUUGGAUGAAUAUAUACAACGAAAAUUGCUUCAA